GAUAAAAUGGCUGAGGAAAGUGCAUGGAUUUCUAUAUAUGAUACUCUAAAAAAGAAAAUUCUUAUUUAUGGCUUUAACGAAUAUACUCCUAAGGAUGGAAGUGAUGGUGUAUAUAUAAUUAGGAAAAUAACCAAUCUUCCUCCUUUACAGUUUCAAUUUGAAAUAAAUGUAGAAAUACCCUUUACCAUAGGGUUUGCUGAAAAUGAUAUGGAAUUAAUUAUAAAUCAAUGUUUACAAACAAUGAAAAUACAAGAAACAUCACUUUUUGCUUUUAAGCUUAAAUCAAAAUUUGAUAGUGAUUCUACUUAUAAAGAUACCAUUAUUGAGCUAAACCUUACAAAAUUUACUGUUCAACCAGAAAUAUGGGAAAUGACAACUACCGAAAAACUCAGUAUGUCUAGACUUCAUAAAGAUAAAGGAUCACAAUUAUUUAAAAAUGGAAAUGUAACCAAAGCCCUAUACCAAUUUAGUCAGGCAAUGAAAUAUUUAAUAACUUUUGGCCCUGAACCAUGGCCAGAUUGGGCAAUUGAUGAUAUAAAAUCUUUAAAAGCUUUAUGUUAUUUAAACAUUGCAGCAUGCCAAAUCCAAAAUAAAUCCUAUAAAUAUGUUAUUGAUAAUUGCACAAAAUCAUUAUCCCUCCAACCUAAUAACAAAAAAGCUUAUUAUAGACGAUCUAUUGCUUAUCUUAACUUAGGUGAAUAUGAAUUAGCUUAUAAAGAUGCAAAACAAGGAUUAUCACUAGAACCUAAUAACAAGCCUCUUUGCUCAUUAAUUAUUGAAAUUAAGAAAAAAAUCAUUGUAACAGAUAGGCCAUUUAAAUAAACUUUUUUAAAUUGUUA